AUGCCGUACGUGAUCGUGACAGCGUAUCAAGAGGGAACAGAAGAAUUGGAGACAUUCGCUCAUUUACCCUGUCUCACUCAUACCAUUUUUGUAAAUGAUCAUGGAAAUUUUCUCAUUCCAGAAUUAGAGAAAUAUGCAACUGAGCAAAACACCGAACGACAAGAUCAUUACUGGCGAACAACGGAGAAGAGCCCAUCACAAGUGUUGAAUGUGGCUGAAGAGCUCGGAUUCAAAAUUACUAGUUUGAAGAUGUCUAUUUUUGGGGUAUUCUUGAUAACAAUUCUCAUGACGACGAUGAAAGCUGGCUCGCAAGAUUCAAACAUUGAAAUGAGACCCACGGAUUUUGUGGGAAACAUUGGAGGUAGUCCUGUCAUUGGAAUGUUUUACGGUAACUCGGACACGAUAUUGAAAGAAGAUUCUCUAACAAAAGAUUCUGAAGAUGAUCCUCUUAACAAAUAUAUCCAUCAU